AAGCGGCCCGGCUCCGUCUCGUCCUCGUCGUCGGGCGGCAGCGGCGGCGCGGCGGGGGAGCACGACGGCGGCGGCAAGGAGAAGCGCGGCUCCGCCGAGAGCAUGCCGGCCGCGGCGGAGAUGGGCGCCGAAGGCAAGGGCCGCGCGGGCGGCGAGGAAUGGCUGGCCAAGCCCAAGACGGUGCGGGACACGCUUCUGGCCCUGCACCAGCACGGCGGGCACGCCGUGCCGCCCUUCGACAGCAAGUUCAAGAAGGAGCCGGGUAUGGCGGGCGGCAGGCUGCUGGGCUACGAGAGCAACGGCGCCGCGGCCAAGCCGGGGGCCCGUGCAGCCCGGAAGAGGAAGCCGUCCCCCGAGCCGGAGGGCGAGGCGGGACCCCCGAAGAUCAACGGGGAGACGCAGCCCUGGCUGCCGGCCGCGUCCGAAGGGAUGAAGAUGCCGCUGACGGCCACCUCCUUCAUGUCGCCCCCGCCGCCCACCGCCUCGCCCCACUCCAACCGGACCACGCCGCCCGAGGCGGCCCAGAACGGCCAGUCCCCCAUGGCCGCGCUCAUUUUGGUGGCGGACAAUGCCGGGGGCAACCACGCCUCCAAAGAGGCCAACCAGGUCCACUCCACCACCAGGAGGAACAGCAGCAGCCCCCCCUCGCCCUCCGCCAUGAACCAAAGAAGGCUGGGCCCCGGCAGGGAGGUGCCGGGCCAGGGGGGCAGCGCGGCGGGCGGGCUGGAGCCCGUGCACCCCGCCAGCCUGCCGGACUCGUCCCUUGCCGCCAGCGUCCCCUUGUGCUGUACCCUGUGCCACGAGCGCCUGGAAGACACCCACUUCGUGCAGUGCCCCUCGGUCCCGUCCCACAAGUUCUGCUUCCCCUGCUCCCGGCAGAGCAUCAAGCAGCAGGGGGCCAGCGGGGAGGUGUACUGCCCCAGCGGGGAGAAGUGCCCCCUGGUUGGCUCCAACGUGCCCUGGGCCUUCAUGCAGGGGGAGAUCGCCACCAUCCUGGCCGGGGAUGUGAAAGUGAAAAAGGAGAGAGACUCGUGACUGUGCCGGCCCAGCGCCGCCCGUCGCCCAAACUGCUCCGGUUCUGUAUAUAUCUAUAAAUAUAUAUAUAUAAAUAUAUAUAUAUCUCCAAGACAAGGGAAAUGUAGACUUCAUAAACAUGGCUGUAUAAUUUUGAUUUUUUUGAAUACAUUGUGUUUCUAUAUUUUUUGAAGACAAAAGGUAUGUACUUAUUAUAAAGGCAUUUCUUCUAAUUCUCUUUUUUUUCCUACCCUCCUCCCUCCCCUCCCACUUUUUUUCCCCCUUUUGUUAUAGCAACUAUUUGUUGUGCUUCCCUGGUGACAAUUACUGUUCGAUGUAGGCUGUGACUUGCGCUGCUUUUUUUAGAGCACUUGGCAAACCAGAAAUGCUUCUAGCUGUAUUUGUAUGCACUUGUUUCCUUUUCCUUUUUUUUUUUCCUUUUUUUUUUUUUUUUUUAAUGCCAAAUACACUUUCUGACAUUGUAAAGAUCGCCUUACUGUCUGUGAUUCCUUAUUGCUGGCCCCUGUUUCUGUAGGGCUGGUGGCACGAGGUGCUGGGGGCAGGCGGGCACAGGGAGCAUGAGGGGCUCCUCCUGGGAGCGGCUGUCCGCCUCGUGUGGCCGUGCCGGACCCAGGCCAAAAUUCCUCUGUGUUUCUCGAGGGAAGUUGCCUUUGGAGUAGGAUGUGGAGAGGUGUUGGAGAGGCGCUGUCGAGUUAGGGAUUUCUGGGUUGGUUUGUUUCUGUUGUGUUUUUUUUUUUUCUUUUUUUUUUUUUUAAGGCAAAGUUGACCGCAGUUCACGUGAUCAGUUGUAAGAUUACAAAACUGCAUCUGUUCACCAAUUGCAUACGCUAACGUGGAAUUGUGAUAGCCAACCUGAUGACAUGAUUGGUGACUGCACCGAUGUAGCACUGCCAUCUCUGAAGUCCUUCAGUGUUGGGAUUUUGUGUCUUUGGACAAUGCUGGGAAGGUGGGAGAAAGAGUGUUUGCUUUUUUGUUUCUUUCUAAUUUUACUUUAAUUUUCAGAUAGUGCAGGUGGACUUUUGAGUUUGCUUAUCAGUCACCUCUGGUGCUGUUGCUAUUGUUACUAUCGCUGACACAGUGUUUCCAAGUAGUGGCAGGUACAGUGUGGUACAAUGACAGCAGUCACUGAGGCUCUGCCAGAUUGCCCGCGGGCAUAUCAGUGACAGCCCAAAUGUGGGUGGAGGAAACCUGCAAUUUCCUUAUUACGUGUGCUUGAAACAAACCUACUGCUAUUCUUUGAAAAUGAAAAUAUAAACUGGUUGAAAUGAAAGCAAUUAGGGCUUCACAUAAUUGCCACAGCCCUGACUUUUAAGCUACUUUGGAGAACUCUUUUGUAAAGCCACUUCUUUUGAUCACGCUUCUGCAUCACCAAGCAGACUUCUAAAAUCAAUAAAUCAUUGGUUACUAGAAAUAGUUGAGUCUUAUAGUGAUGUUUUUGUGCUGUUUAUAGUUCGUUGGCAACACUGCAGCUGGAUGAGCCCUUCUGUUGAGGUGUUUAUAACUGGUUAUAAGCAGUUGUUUCUGAGCAAAGGGGUGGUGAGGUUGUCCCUGCCCUGGGGUAAGCUAAUGAGCACUUGGUGCCCAAGGAGGAGGAGAAAUCUGUUCAGCCAACGUACAUUUGAAAAAUUUUGGGUGCUUUUGAGUCAACUGUUCUUAAUGUGAUGAUGUUCAGACUGCAGUUUAAUGCAGAGUAGCUCUUUUCUGGAAGACUUUUUAUUUUUUUCUCUAAAGAAAUGGUCAUUAUAAGUAUUUGAAGAUCAGAACUGCACACGCACAGUAAUUUUUUUUUUAUGAAGUGUUUAAUGAGCACACCCACUACAUUGUGUUCCAUAUUACAGGUCAAUGUAAUAUUAGAUAAGACUUGCAUGAUAAACAUUCAUUGAGUCGAUAUUACGCUUUAAAACUUAUACCUAUAGUCAAGAUUGGUGUCCUAUGUAAACACAUUUAGCCAAUUUGAAGAAAACGCACAUUAUAUAUAUACCUAUAUAUAUUCCUAUAUAUAUAAAAACUGUAAAGGAUUCUUUGGAACCACUAUGAUCUGUGUAAAUGUGUAUUUAGGCACUUUAUUAAAAAAAAAAAUGGAUUUUGAGCUGA